AUGGCGGCCACCGAUGCUGCUGGCGACACCUCUGGAGGCAGCACAGGCGGGCAGAGAAUGGCGGCCAAUCGGGAAAUGGAAAUGGAGAUCCUGCGGAGGCACUUGGAGGUGAGUGCUGGAUCCAUUGUGAUCCCUAUAACCCCUGUUGCUUGUUCGCGUGCUCCUUUUCCCUCUUCCCCGAUUUCUUCGUUGGUGGUGUUGCUGAACUAGUAUUGGAGGGUAUCUGUUUGAAUUCAGCUUCUGGAUUGCGAGAACCAGCUGUUGCGGACGCGGAUGGCCAGCUGCCGGCGGUGCUCGAAGGUCUCGUCUGUAGUUUCUCUCUCUUGUUCGUAUACCGUAACGAAGUUUGCGCCAUUUUCUGCCGGGAAUGAUUUUUUUCUAGACUUUAAUUUAUUGCAUCUUCUCUUAUUAACAGUUUUGUGUGAGAGUUAGUGGAGCUUCCCAAGAAGGUGACCAUUCUAAUAAAUCUAUGGUUGAUCAAAUGAUUGAAUCUUCCAUGGAUUUUAGUGCUUCUGUGAAGGUCAGAGGCUAAUUUAUGACUUUCGACAGCUUUUAAUGCCAGCUUUCAUCAUGCUAUGUCUGGCUUUUGUAAAAUUUGAGGGCAUUUCCUGACAGGAAGAGGUUCCUCCAAUAGACAGCGCCUACAAUGAACCAAAUGAGUGUACAAAGCAGGAGUUGACGGAGAAAUUCAAAGGUUCGGAGCUCUACAUAUUUUUCGACAAUUCUAUGCUAUGUUGUAAUUUGAUGCAUUAUCACAGUAUCUCUUAUUUAUCUAUUUGCCUACAGAUAUCUAUUAUUUUUAUGACAGUCUCAAUAAUACAAUUAAAAUUCUUUAUGAACAUAAAAAAUUCCCAUGUGCUAUCAUUUACUAGUAAUGUUGUUUUCUCUAAUUUUUUCUGUCGGAAUCUAAUUAUUCCAUGGACCCAUAGUUAGCAUGCAGAUCUCUCCUGGAUCGUUCUUAUUACUCUUCUUUUUGUAGCAAUGAUGUUUGCUCUCUUUUAUAUAACCUGGAGUUAUAUUUGGGAGUCCCUCCUCAGUGAUAUGGUUUCUCGAGCAUCCCCCCCUUGCCCUGUCGCCCCUCUCCCAAUCUUCCCUCUUCAUUGGCCUGAUAUUGGGCCUUCAAAUUACUGUCACAUAAUACUUCUCAAACCAAAGAAGUAAGCUCACUUACAAGUUGUCUUCUGAGAUGACACUUUGAAUCAAAGCUAUCAAAGCUGUCACAUAAUACUUCUCCAACCAAAGAAGUAAACUCGAUGUCAUCUUGAGUCAAAGCUAUCAAAGCUCACUUACAAGUUGAUUCUCCAACCAAUGCAGGUUGCCUUCUGAGAACCAUUCAUAACCAUCCUAGGAGAUGCGUUGCUCUAAAGCUCAUGUAUUUUGGCCAAAGGUUUAUAUCUGCUCACUUGUUACCUGACCUAUUUUUUUCUUUUUUGCAUGUUGUACUCAUUUGACCUUCUUUCUAUGCCUUCAUGCUGAGAUAUGGAUUACGAAGGACAUUUGCUUCAUUCUGUACUGUUUAAGAAAAAAAUUGAUUCUAGAAUAACACCUCGUGAGUUUCUGCAGAUUUUAUGGUUUUGCUUCAGAAGCACAACAGGAGCCAACUGUUGAGGUACCAUUUCUUAUAAUUCCUUUUUGAUGGUUGACUGUCUCUGGUUGGAAGAGAAGACCAACAGAAAAUCUCGAUUGCCAAACAUCUUCAAUGAGGAAGUGAUAUUUCGACGAUUAGCCUGAAAAUUUUUAGCUUUGCACGACCAUGGAUUGUUGUCUCUUUACAGACCUAUUGGGUUGGCAUCACAACGACUCUACUAUAGAAGUAUAUGGGUAUCUUUGUCCUUUUGAUGCUGAGCAUGUCCAAUGCCACUCUCCCAGGCAUGUUGAAAAUUAUGUUUUUGUUCUAAUAACAGGUGUACUCUCGUACUUUGGGCAUCUGUCUUGUAGAUUAAAUAGAUAGAAAACGGAGGGGAUGGUGUGUAUGAGAAACAGAACCCUUGUCUUACCAGCUGCAUUCUGCCAUUCCGCUGCCUCCUUGUCCCUUCCUUCUGUAGAUGUUUCUUUAUGGUAUAAGAUCAGGUUCCAAGUCAGGGCCUGAAGAUACCUAUGAAGAAGAAUGGAAUUGGCCUGCAUAGAGAGAAAAAUAAUUUGUACAGUCGUAAUCUGAGAGAACCAUAAUAAUGAUUUCCUAGGUUAUUCAUGUACAGAUUGAUUCCUAGAAGUUAAAUUCAGAUAUCUACAUCUAAAAAAAGGUAAGAUGGAAGUUAUAUGAGUCUCUGCAGCUGGAUCAUUCACUUUUAUUUCUUCUUCUUGAUCCAUUUGAUUAGUUAACUGAGUCCCAACUCUUCCUUUUACUGUCUCAUCAAAAGAUAUUUCAUCUGCAAUAGGUUAUCUAUCUUUUUUCUCUAUCCUUUUCUUCUUAGGAUAAACCAAUUUUGUCUUGAUUCGCCAUUAAGUGUGAAUGCCAUAAAUGUUUUGUCCUUCAUGUUUUUCUCGAACUAAGUUCAAGUCAAGUUUCUCAGUUCUUCAAACCUGUAUAACUUAAUGUAAAGAAGGUGGGAAUCGUUUUCUUUUUCACUUGCUUAUUCUGAUCUGUGCAUCAUCUCCUACUGUGGCGUUGCUUAGCUAUAAAUCCUUGCAAAGUGAAUCAAGGUAUUUCACUCAGAUUAUGCUGUGGUGUACCAUAAAACAGAAAUGGACGUACUGAUGGAAUACAAAAUUGUUAUCUUUGUAUGCUCCCCCCCAGGGGGCUAAGAGAAAAAGCUAAUUUCGUUGGCAUAGGUUCAACAUUACUCUUCCAGCAUAUUCUGCUAGCGGCAGUUAGUGUGAACAUUACUCUUCUGUGUCUCUGAGAAAGUCUUAUUUCCGUCUUCUAAAGUUUUUCUUCCCUUCCAUGAUUUCAAGAGUUAUAUUUUUAUUUGAACUCAAUUGUUUUUUUGAACUCAGGGUCUUCUAAGAUUGGUCCGAAAAGUAUUUGAUUCGGGGGGUUCCUCUUCUAAAUAAUAAUUUGUGUCUUAUUACAAGGAUCGGAAGGAAUUAUUCUUUCAAUCAUGCAACUUUUGAAAAUCUUCCAAGAUCAAUAUUUAUGCCCAAAUUAAAUAAAUGGCAUAUCGACCUAUGCUAAGUUGAUAUUAGUCAAAAAACGAUGUGUAUAUUUUAAGUUAUUAACAGAAGUUUAUAUAAAAUGCAUAUUGACUAAGCAUUUUAUAUUGGUGUAAAGUCUGUUAGUAACUAUGUUCCGAAAUGAAUAAUGGGAAGGCCCUAUGACCAAUAAAAGCUAUUUUUCAGGAACAGUGGCACAAGUCCUAGGAGGAUAUGCAGAGGAAAAACUCUAAUCGUAUUCACAUUGUAAAUGACUGUUAUAUACAAGUACCAGGGCUACAAAAUAAGGAAACUACCUAAGAACAAGGAAACGAACCGACAAACUAGGAAACGGUCCAAGUAUGAAUCGAACUUCCAAUUAUACGUUCUUUCCCACACUAAGCACCAAGGCCUAAAUUUAUUUUCCAUUUGAAUCCACUACAGUUAUUGAGAAUCCUGUCAAUAUGUUUUUGAUUUAAACAGAUUAUAUAGUUCAUCCAAGUAUUUGGAUCAUGAAUAGCCAUUUUUAAGUUAUAGAAGCACAAUGGAUUUGCUAAAACUUAUGCAUCAUACUUCCAGGCUAUGUUGGGUAGCUCACCCUGUUUCCCUUUACUGAUCUUGUUGGUGGGACCAGUCUGAAAUUUUCAAGGCAUUAGGCAAGACAAAGCUAUCUACUGGUAACAGGGCAGAUUUAUGCUAUUCAAGGUGUGGCAGGACAGACAAAGGAGUUUCCUCCACUGGUCAGGUACAAUGAAUAGAAUCCUCUUUUUUAAAAUUUUGGUUAUGUCGCAUCCUAUGCCAAGAAUAGACUGAGGAAUUGAUUAAUUGAUUUUACUUUAUAGCAAGUUAUAGAUUUCUGUGUUAUUAUCUCACUUUAAAAAAGUGUAAUGUCUUAAACAGAUGUUAUUCAAGGAUUAUGACACUAAAUUUUUAUUUGUUUGCUUUUGUUAGCUAUCGUUGGUUGUUCCUGAUGGAGGCGGUGGAAGGAGAUAUGUAAAGAUGCAUGCUGAUACGAAUAAGAUUUAUAAUUUCUGAAUUGUGGGAUCUUGUCAACCGUUUUUCCACAUGUGAAACCUGUGUAUAGCUUGUUUUUCUUCAUGGCCUGAUGCCUACUUGGUACUGGGCUCUUAAUGGAGGAUGAUGAUGUUUGUUGAUCAAUAAAAAGAUACACUUCCCUUGAAAUUUGAUAUUGGACAGUUUUGGGUUGACCAAUGGUAUUGAUUCAGACAUCUUCAGCACAUGAUAUUAAUUUUGAAAAGAUUAAGAUUUAAGUUAGAUCAUCUCCAUAAUGUCUUCGAAAAGGGUGAUAUAAAGGGACCACAUUAGGCCCAGUCCAUUUUGAAAUUCUGUGGAAUUGGGUUUCUCCCCUUCAACCUGAAUUGGCUAAAAUAUGUUUCAAGAAUCCCACUGUAGUGUCAGCAAAACUGUGAGAGAGGCACUGCUGUGUUAGCCUGACAAACGAUCAUUUUCCAUUUUAAACCUGGCUGAUCAAUGAUCCUUUUUCCAUUUUAAAGACCAUGGAUAUGUUUUGAUUCCAGAGUCUAGGGAAGCUCUUAUUCCAGUCUAAACAAUCGGUAUUUAGAUGUUGCUUAGACCUCCCCUGUCACAUGCACAUGAGCAUGUGACGAUAGGAAGAAGUGGCAUGGCCUAGGUGAUCGUUGCCGCAGAAACAGUGCCAAGGUUUGAAGAUUUGUAAUCUCACUAUAAUGUACUACGCUUUUUUAGGGCAAUUCUGUUUGCUUUUUCUUCUCAUGUCUCACCGUUUCAUAGAUCCUCUAAUAGAUUAUCUCCUCUAUUCCUGUUUCUCUAUAGAUGACUUGGUCUAAGCCAAAAUUCACUGAUUUCUGGUUCAAUAUAUGAUGGAGACUGUGGUCCAGAUUCUGAUCCUUUUGAUGGGCAAUGCAUUUUCUCUUUAAAUUAUUAUUUUUUCAGUUAAAAAAUGUGGAAUGAAAGUAGUAGUUCAUAGACCUAAGUUGGACGCAAACUGAAAAGCAUCGUGCAUUACUUUUUUGCUCUAUGCAGGCUAAUUUACUGGCUAACGUGGUUGUUUGUUCAGGAUGAUGUUAUUUAUCAUCACCCGGUUGACUUUCGAGUUUUUAUUUUGACGUCUCCUAAGAAAUAUCCCGUGCAGGUGAUUUCUCUGUUUCUACGUUCAAAACUGAAGGACUCAGGAAUAAACAUUAUCACCAAGGAAGGCACGUACGCUCUGUUCCUGCUUUCCCUUGGCACGAAUGAUAUUUUUUAAGUUUAAACUUUUCCCUGCCAUUGAUUUCCAUUUCUCAAUAUAUUUACUUUGCUAGGUUUAAGUAUUUAUGCUGACUAAUAUACAGGGAAUAAAAACUGUUGUCAGUUAAACAUGGUAUAAAUGCUGUCCUUCAUUUAUGUUAAUCUUUCUGAACUUUUAUUUAUCCAGAGGAGGAAAUUGACUAUGUGAGGGUACUCAAUAGGGCUCUCCCAAACGAUAUAAGAGUUAUUGGAUGGAGUGCAGCUUCCACACAUUUCAAUGCAAGGUUUGUGUUUGAGAUAAUUUUAUUUCGUUUAAUUCUAAAUGUAUACACCCAUUGGCCAAUCCAUGAAUUUACAUAAUCAGUUGUCAAAAUAAUUGUGGCCAAUUCUUCAUUUUAAUGUCGGUCUUGCCGCCACCAUCUUAUAUGUUGUAAUGUUUUCAUGGGAAAUAUGCGCUCAAUUUCUCUGCACGAAAAUAGGAUGUGUGUUUCAGACUUAGAUAAAGUGUCGCAUGGAAUCAUUGUACACGCCCAGUGAAUCCUAAAUUGCUAUGUAAUACUCAAUAUGAUUCUGGUUUUGAAUUGCUGAGUGAUUUUCAUUGUAUCAUGCACGAAGAGGUGCAAUGAAGGGUCAUAUGAUAGCAUUACUCUCCAAGGGCUGUCAAAAAUCUGAUUAAUCAUAUUUUCAUGCUCUCUCUUAAUCAUAUUCUUCUAAAUGGAACCUUGUGAAGCCAAAGAACUAACUAGAUGAACGAUGCCUGCUUUGCAGGUUCAGUUGUUUGAGCAGAGAAUACAAGUAUUUUUUCUGGAGAGGCUCUCUUAAUGUCAUGGUAUGAACCUUUUAUUUUCUCUAGGUUCAACAAAUACCCCUACACCUGUUAUCAACAAAUAGUUACCACCAUUCUCUUGUUUCAUAAAUCAUCAGGAAAUGAAGUACGCUGCCAAGAAGUUCAUUGGGAUUCAUGAUUUCAGGAAUUUCUGUAAGAUGGAUGCAGUAAACGUUAAAAACUAUACCAGACAAAUUAUCUCUUUUGAAAUCAACCCUUGCUACGAAAGGUGAGUGGUUCCUGGCUACACAUUGCGCGGUCUAUUUUUUUGUUGCAAAAUGAGGUUAUCUUUCUGAUAAAUUGGCAGUUUUUGGAAUGUGAUGCUAAUAUUCCUCUCCUUUGUCAUCUUACGGUUCUGAAUUCAAUUCUUGCCUCAUGUAAAAUGGCUGUAGGAGUGCAACUUUCAAAAUGAGGUUGCUGUGUUUUUGUUUAAUCAAAUUAUAUUUGAUACGAUGCUCUGAAACCAAAUGUAGUGUAUGGCAAGAUGAUCGAAUUGUUGUUUUUCUACCCCUAGUGCGGGUGAAGAUGGAGAAAAAAGUUGAUGGCUGCAUGUUGUGCUUCUAUUUUCUUUUUGAGUCUGAGAGAAACGAGCGAUUUAGAUAAUCAACAUAUCUAUGAUCCAUCAAAAUAAUAAGUGUUGAAAGUGAUAAGGGUACUUUGGGAAAUGUUGUGUAGGGUUUUCUUCCCCUUUAAGGGAUGUGACAGGUCGAUGAUGGGUUGAGGCGGUUUCUGUCGUUCCUCCCCUCUGUCCUCUGUCACAGAGGACAUUCUCAACAAUAAGAAAAUUUUAUUGUUAAUUCGAAGAUAGUUUUUCAUGCUGCUGAAAGAAUGGUUGGGAGAUGCCAAUUAUUGCACUGGAAGCCACAGCUAGUGUUGCAACAGCAAUCUUCGUUAAUAGACUAUUAGAAUGUAGAAGAAAAGAGGUCGUGUGCUAACAAACUAUGUGAGACCUUGUAAGGACAAUUUGAGUACAUAGAGUCUUAUUUUCACAGCUGAAAGCUGCACUUUAUGCCCAGCAUCCCAGAAAAUGAGAAUCGAAGAGAUGGCAAUGGACAGGGAGUGCAUAAAGCAGUAUAUUUUUUCACCUGGAUUUUAAUGUAAACUGCAUCUUUUUAUAUCUAAUGACCAAAAAUGGAUCUAAUUUAGCAGAAGAUUCAGAUUUAACAAUUUGAUUAAUGUUUACUACCGAUGGUGGAAAACUGUUUCCAAACAAGUCAAAUGUAACUGUGGACAGAAUAUUUCACAACAGUUCUGUAGUUUUUAUGCAAGCAAAGGACAUCGUAGACGACAUCAUGUAACCAUUAUCAGACAAUAAAAUCAGCUGCAUUGUCUUCAAGGUUGAUAUAAGUGAAAUGUGGAUUGACCUGGGGUCCCUUAAAGAGCACUUACUUUUGCAGCUUUUGGCGAUAAUGAAUCUAUGCUGUGAGAGGUUUAUGAUGAUGAUAUGGUUUUUUGUCUCUUUGCAAUGAAGCUCCUGGAUAAUUCAAGCAACAAAAGAAACUGACUCGAGGACAGCUACUAUACCUCUCUUUCUUUUUAAUCGAAGUUGGUAUUCAUCUCGUGACACUAUUUGAUGUUUUUUCAGUUUUUAUCUGGCUCUGGUCCACACAGACUGCAUAUAUUGGGCGACUGUUUUUUAUGAAGUCGUUUCUUCUGUCAUGUAUAAUUUAUCUUUCCACAUUCUUAUCUGAGAUCUACCGUUUCUUGAUCGUGCCUUCACUGAUUUCUCUUCACGCCUUGACACAAUUUUCUGAUCGGCCUUUUUGUCUCACCAGUGAGUUAAAAAUAUUUGUAGUGUAGAACAAUUCCUCUUGUAGGUUCUAGGAUUUUGACGAUGCCCAAGAUUUUGGUUGAAAUGAAACUCAGAGGUAGCCCUACAAUUGAUGUGAUUCUAGUCCCUCCAACCUUACAUUUUGACUUGCUCGUCUACUUUUUAGUAUCUCUUGCUUAUCUGAUUCUUAGAGGUGAAAUUAUGGUAAAUUACAUUGAACUCAAUAACUCUCUUUCUGCCUGCAGAUCUGGUGGUGAUGAGCUUUGGGCAAUGACAAUCAAAGGUAGCGCAUUUCUGUGGCAUCAAGUUCGAUUCAUGGUUGCAGUGCUGUUUAUGAUUGGUGAAGGUCAUGAGUCUCCUUGUGUAUGUACUGACAUCCAUCGAAAUAAAUGAUAUAUAUGUGAACAUUAUUCACGUGAACUGCCUUUUAUCUAAUUUCAGCUUUGCGGUUAGGAAUAUAAGUAAAAUAAAAUGAAACUGUAUAGUCUGUUAAUACCAUUUUUUUUUGUUUGGUUUUAUGCCCAAUUUCUUCUGAGUGAAAAAUAAAAGUUACAUGGUAAAGAUCUUGAUAAAGUUACCUAUGAAUUGGUGA